GGAAGAGCUCAGCAAAUUUCCUAAACAUAUUUCAUGACUCCAUUACGUGUGAGGACAUAACAGACAGGAGGUGGAGGGCUCCAGAUCCGUGCUAAAGCCUUCAGCUACUGUCUCAGCUUUCUGAAAUUUAGCAAUGGCGUAUUUCCCGGAUGAGACCAAUUCAACUGACAUACACUCCCAGCCUUGGUAUGAACCCCCAAUAAUUCUGUCCAUGGUCAUGCUCAGCCUCACUUUCUUAUUGGGAUUGCCAGGCAACGGGCUGGUGCUGUGGGUGGCUGGCCUAAAGAUGAAGUGGACCGUGAACACUGUUUGGUUUCUCCAUCUCACACUGGCAGACUUUCUCUGCUGCCUCUCCUUACCCUUCUCCUUGGUUCACUUGGCUCUCAAAGGACACUGGCCUUAUGGUUGGCUCCUAUGCAAGCUCAUUCCUUCCACCAUCAUCCUCAACAUGUUUGCCAGCGUCUUCCUACUGACUGCCAUUAGCCUGGACCGCUGCCUUUUGGUACUCAAGCCCAUCUGGUGCCAGAAUCACCGCAAUGUAAGGACAGCCUUCAUUAUCUGUGGAUGUAUCUGGGUGGUGGCUUUUGCAAUGUGUAUACCUGUGUUCAUGUACCGGGAAAUGUUCACCAUAGACAACCAUACUAUGUGUGGCUACAAUUUUGGUACCAGUGGCUCAUUAGAUUAUUCAUACUACACUUAUGAUCAACCGGAAAAUGCAUCUCUUGACAACCCCAUUGUUCAGUUGCCUGGAGAAUUCAUUGACAGGUCAGAUGCUUUCUCUUCACAAAGAAAUGAUCAUCCUUGGACAAGUACCACGCUCCUCCAUGCUGAAACAUUUCGAAGACCUCCUAGAGAUUCAGUUCCUGUGGAUUCAACUAGAUUAUCUGAUCAACAUCCAUAUUAUAAUUUAACUAAACCUGCUGAUGAGGCCUCCCCAACAAUCCCCAUUGGCCUUCCCAUUGAAGAUCACAGAAUUAACUCACCGCAUGACUCUGAUGCUUUCCUCUCUACCGAUUUAGAGCUUUUCUCUAGUACCUCUAGUAAUGCCCUAUACACAAUUGAGCCAUCACAAGAUUUCCAGGACUAUACUGAAAGUGACAUUGAAUAUUACAAUGAAGUUGCAACACCCCAGGUGAUAAUAACCAUCACUAGGUUAGUGAUUGGUUUCCUGCUGCCCUGUAUUGUCAUGGUGACCUGUUAUAGUCUCAUUAUCUUCCAAAUGUGGGGUCGCUCUAUCAAGGCACAGAGCAAAACCUUCCAGGUGGCCAUAGUGGUGGUGGUUGUCUUCAUUGUCUGCUGGGCCCCAUACCACAUUUUUGGAGUCCUCUUCUUGUUUAUUGGCUCAGGGACUCCCUUGAAGGAAGCUCUGCUAUCCUGGGACCAUGUGUCCAUUGCCCUAGCAUCUGCGAAUAGUUGCUUCAAUCCCUUCCUCUAUGCCCUUAUGGGGAAAAAUUUUAGGAAGAAAGCAAGGCAGUCUGUGCAGGGCAUUCUGGAGGCAGCUUUCAGUGAGGGGCACACACAUUCUACCAGUUGUACCCAAAGCAAAGGCUUUUAUGGAAGAAACAGCAGUACAGCUGUGUGAGAAUCUGGAGCAUUUGACCCAAGCACUUGACUCAAGCAGAGCUUCUUAGAUAUUCACCAAGUGCGACAUGUUUCUAAAAGAGCAAGGGACAUGGUGAACAGGGAUUUCGGAAAACACCAAAGACUCAAUCUUGAGGCCUUCAAAGUGUGGUCCCAGACUAGUGACAUCAGCAUCACCUGGAAACUCUCUGGUCCAUCCUAACUUGAAAACAAGUUCUCUUGUUUCUGAUGAAAGCUACGUCUGAGAGACAAUGCACAAAUUAAUCUACUUCUAUCCCAAACUAAGCCACCUGAGAUAAAUGAGAAUCUAGUCUGUUGUAAAAUGUUUCUUUCCAUCCUUAAAUUUUUUAUUUAGUAUAUCGAAAUUCCCUUCCAGGUUCAUUAUAAAACCAAUUAUCCUAGCUCUAAGUGAAAGGUGAUCAUUUAUUCUAUGGCUUUAUUGUUAUACUGUUGGUGGUGGUGGGGAUGGUUUUAAAUAAAGAGAAGGUGCAGGUUGGGGGUGGUAGUAAAGGGUAAAGGGGCCACAUAUGAUGACAGAAGAUGAUUUGACUUUGGUUGGUGGGCAUACAAUGCAAUAUACACAUCAUGUAUCAUAGAAAUGUACACUUGAAACCUAUAUGACUGUAUUAACCAAUGUCACCCCAAUACAUUUAGUGAAAUAGAAAAAAUUUUUUUAAAGAAAUAGUCUAUGACCCUAGCUGGUUUGGCUCAGUGGAUAGAGCCUCGGCCUGCAGACUGAAGAGUCCCGGGCUCGAUUCUUGUCAGGAGUACAUGCCUGGGUUAUAAGCUUGAUCCCCAGUUGGGAGGAGGGGGGAUGCAGGAGGCAACCUAUCAAUGAUUCUCUCUCAUCAUUGAUGUUUCUAUCUCUCUCCUCCUUUCCCUUCCUCUCUGAAAUCAAUAAAUAUAUAUUUUUUAAAAAAGAAAAAGAAGUAGUCUAUGAAAACAAGGAUGUAUGAGUCUGAAGCAAGUACAAUGCCAGACACUUCCUAUUUGGAAUACUCAUGGAUACAGGAUACAAUUCCAAGUUUCCUUUAUUGCAACUAAAUAAGAUCUCGUGUAAACACAGACUACUAAGGCAUCUAACAACUUACUCAUUAUCUGUAAUGUAAGCUGCCCUUUGAGGAGUUCUCUUAUCUGUUUUCUCUAUUUGCCUAUUGGUAGAGCCAGCUGCCUUCCACUCUUUGUCUUAAAUGCCUUAACUCCCUUAUUUCUCUUCUGCUCCUAAGUCUUCUUUCAUAUUAGAAUUUGUACCUUUACUAACCUCUAAUGUCAAAAGUUUAAAAUCACCGAAAAACAACUGAGUGCCCUCUAAGAAAACCAUCAAACUUAUUAAAACAUGACUACAUGUAUCAUUCAUGUUAUAAUUACCAGAUGUAUACAUCUUUGGGUUUCUAAAUUAAACUUUAUCAAAGUAAUACAUACACAUAGUUUAAAGCCAUUCAAGGUUUAUAAUGAAAUAUGACAAGUUUCCUGCCACACUCUGCCCUCCCACUCCCAUUUCUGAAAUAACCGUUGCACAAUUUUAGAUGUUCCUUCUGAUAUUUGCCAUGAUGUUUCUAAGUCAUGAACUUAUGCUGAUCAUUUUUGUAGAUAAUGAUAAAAUGACUUCUGAUUUUGCAAAAUGAAGAAUUUUAUCCAAGCACAUAUUCAUAUUUCUUGUUUAUCCAGAGUUCCAAUAUUCAUUAACCAUCACACUUUCAUUUGUUCAUGACCACAUAUUUUCUUCCACUUUCUCUCUCCAUUCCAACCAUACAUACAUACAUAUGGCUUUCCAUCUAUCCUUUCAUUUUAUAAAAGCACUGUUCAACUCCCUAUUACCUUCUUAUUUGUUCUAUAUAUAAGCCUGCAUGUGUUAAACCUUUAAAAUUUCCGGUUUGUUAGUACUUAAAUAUAGCUUCAUCUACGCUGAAUACAAUAAUUUAAUCUAAAAAUAGAAAAUUAGAAGUUGAGAGAGGGUCUGGACUACAAAUUUGUUAUAAAGUAUUAUACAGGAAAUUUCAAACAACUAGGAAUUCUUUCACUUGUAAGGUAAUGUCUAAUAUGGUGUAUAUUUGCAAUGCUAAUUUUUAUUUUAAUCUGCUUAUAGAUUUGAUGGGAAUAAAUGCUUUCUUUCUCGUGA